GGGCAUGUUCCCGAUUUGAGGUGAAACCAUGACAAGAAGAUAGAACAAAUAAUAAUGCUUUUCCGCAAUCGCUUCUUGCUGCUGCUGGCCCUGGCUGCGCUGCUGGCCUUUGUGAGCCUCAGCCUGCAGUUCUAAGGGGAAAAAAAAUCAAAAUAACAUGGCCUAAGAAGGUUAAAGACACUCCAGAUGGUUAAUGAACUGUAAAGUAUGAAUCCUUUCCAAAAACUGUGUCCACCUGAUCCCAGUGUCAGCAGCUAAGAAUGGAGCGAGUAGCAAGAGUCGAAAGAGAAUCAUGCCCGACCCAGUGACAGAGCCCCCCGUGAUGGACCCCGUUUACGAAGCUCUUUUGUACUGCAACAUUCCAAGUGUGGCUGAGCGCAGCAUGGAAGGUCACGCCCCGCAUCAUUUUAAACUGGUCUCAGUGCACGUGUUCAUCCGCCAUGGGGACAGGUACCCACUGUAUGCCAUUCCCAAAACGAAGCGGCCAGAGAUUGACUGCACUCUGGUGGCUAACAGGAAACCAUAUCAUCCUAACCUGGAAGCUUUCGUAAGUCAUAUGUCAAAAGGAUCCGGAGCCUCUUUCGAAAGCCCCUUAAACUCCCUUCCACUUUACCCCAAUCACCCGCUCUGUGAGAUGGGAGAGCUCACGCAGACAGGAGUCGUGCAGCAUUUGCAGAAUGGCCAGCUACUGAGGGACAUUUACCUAAAGAAACAUAAACUCCUGCCAAAUGACUGGUCUACCGACCACCUUUACUUGGAGAGCACUGGGAAAAGCCGGACUCUACAAAGUGGGUUGGCCUUGCUUUAUGGUUUCCUCUCAGAUUUUGACUGGAAGAAGAUUUAUUUCAGGCACCAGCCAAGUGCUCUGUUCUGCUCUGGAAACUGCUUUUGCCCAGUGAGAAACCAGUAUCUAGAAAAGGAGCAGCGUCGUCAAUACCUCUUACGUUUGAAAAACAGCCAGCUGGAGAGGACCUAUGGGGAGAUGGCCAAGGUCGUUGAUGUCCCCACCAAACAGCUCCGAGCCGCAAACCCCAUAGACUCCAUGCUCUGUUACUUCUGCCACAACGUCAGCUUUCCUUGCACCAGAAAUGGCUGUAUUGACAUGGAACAUUUCAAGGUGAUCAAGACGCAUCAGAUAGAGGAUGAGAGAGAGAGGCGGGAGAAAAAACUGUAUCUUGGGUACGCGCUACUGGGUGCCCACCCUAUCCUGAAUGAAACCAUCGGCCGGAUGCAACGUGCUGCAGAAGGCAGGAAAGAAGAGAUCUUCGCCCUCUAUUCUGCCCAUGAUGUCACUCUGUCACCAGUUCUCAGUGCCUUGGGACUGACGGAAGCCAGGUUCCCAAGGUUCGCGGCCAGGUUGAUCUUUGAGCUCUGGCAAGACAGAGAAAAGCCCAGUGAGCAUUCUGUCCGGAUCCUUUACAAUGGUGUCGAUGUCACAUUCCACACCUCUUUUUGCCAGGAGCACCACAAGCAUUCUCACAAACCUAUGUGUCCCUUUGAAAACCUAGUCCGCUUUGUCAGAAGGGACAUGUUUACGGUCCUGGGAAGCAGUAGCACUAAUUAUUAUGAUGCGUGUCACAGGGAAGGAUUCUAAAAGGCACCCAAGUACAGAGCUUAUAAAAUGUGUACGGUACAGAAGAAAGGAGAAAGGUUUUCUUCUGGUUCUUUCCAUAGCUAAGGGUACAUGAUAGUGAUUUUUAAAGGCUAAACCUGUCUGGGAGCUUUAUAGAUGGUUUGGGUUGAAGAGUAAGUAUGCUGCUAUAAUCUGGUACGUGAGUCACUUGGUACACAACUGCCAGUUCAUAGAGAAAGGAAGGUCCUUCACUGUAGCCAGACUUUGCUUAGAAGGCCAGAAGAGUUUUUGAUACCCAAAGAUGCCAAUCCAAAUUUGUAUUCUUUGGGCCUGCCAUGGUGCGGUAUGAUGGAACCAGCAAACCUCAGCCAAAAUUUCCUGAAUCCUGGAAAGUCUUACCUUGUCCCUGU